GUAGCAUGGGAGUAGGAACAGGAUUUGAUGUGUAAUAGUCAAAGGAACAUCAGUAGGAUCAGUAGUGUCAUAUAAAGCUAAUGUUGAAGGGAUAUUAUUGCAACCGAUGUUAUAUUUUAAAUAAAUCUGCUUUAUUAGGACUUACAUAACUUUUAAGUCAUUUGAACAUUAGUAUAAUUGCAUCUGAAUACGAAGUACCGUAGAAUCAGCUGAUGAAAACAAAAAACUGUUGGUGGGAAUUAUAAUUUGGUGCAUCAUGGAGAGGCGUUGGCACAUUUAAUUUGGAAUUAAUGUUGGUGCAUGCAUAUGGUGUGCAUAUUUAAUGGGAAAUUCAAGCCGAAAACAUGCAUCUGAAACAACUGCCAAAUAUUCAAGAAGUGUUGGGAUACAACAGCCAUAUGUUAGUCAGUUCAGCUUGUCAAAUUUUACCAAUGAUCUGAGUGGAAGAUCAUUUGCAAGUGCUAUUAGUCAUCAGUCAACGUGCAGCGUUUCAAGGCCUUGGUCCAGGGUAUCAAGACGGAGGUGGCAUCAAACAACUCUGAAUGACCCUCUGGUAGCUGCUAAAACAGCCUGGCCAGUGCCUUAUGUCGAAGCCAUCUUUCUGCCUGAAUUUAAAAUUAAAGGCAACAUAACAGAAAAAGACUUUCAGGUGGUAAGCACAGUAUCAAGGGGAGCAUUUGGAAAAGUAUACAAGGUUAUAAAAGAGGAUACAAACGAGAUCUAUGCAUUAAAAGUUCUUUCCAAGUCUCAGAUAAUUUCAGAAAACGCAGUGCAGCAGGUGAAAGAUGAAGUGGGAAUCCAGUCCAUGUGUGGGCACAAUCCGUUCAUAGUGAACUGUCCAUUCUUCUGGCAGAGUAGGAAGCAGUUAUUCAUAGUGAGUGAUUUCAUGACUGGUGGGGAAUUACUUGAGCUUUGCCAGAGUUAUGGUCUUUUACCAGAGGAAUUGGUACGGAUCUAUGUUGCAGAGAUUUCUCUUGCUAUUGAUUUUUUACACAAUGCUGGUGUUAUCUAUCGAGAUCUUAAGUUGGAGAAUAUCCUACUUGAUGAGGAUGGUCAUGCUCAGCUGAUAGAUUUCGGAUUAGCAAAGUGGCUCAAGUACGGAUCUCGAACCACAACGAUAUGUGGCACUAGGCAGUAUAUGGCACCAGAGGUGGUGAGCAUGGAGCCAUAUGGACAUGCUGUGGACUGGUGGUCUCUUGGGGUGGUGGCCUGCUGUAUGCUGUCUGGACAGUUCCCGGGAGCUGCAGUAGGGACUGCAGCCUCUGAGCAGAAAGUCCCCGGUUCGUUGCCCGCUGACUGCAGCUUCAGUCCUGCAGCCCUGGGCCUCCUGCAGCGGCUGCUGGAGCCGGACCCACGCUCGCGCCUGCGCAGUUUGCUCGCCCUACAAGGCAUCGCCUUCUUCAAGGACUUCAGCUUUGUAGACGUCCGAGCGAAAAAGUUUUCCCCUCGUCGCAUCCUGGAGUCAUACUUUCCAAACGGACCUUUGAAUGUGGUAACUUCUGAUAUUGCAACACUGACGUUUCCAGACUUUGACUGCAGUGUUGUUAACCAGAUUUCUCUCCAGAAUGGCAAAAACUUAAACCACACAGUAUAACCAAAGCCAUGUUAUUCAUUACUGUAAUGUACCAAGAUAGAAACCUGUAGACCAAAGAACACACCCAAGUAUACUACAACACAUGUUAUCUUGUCAAGAGAAGCGAAAUAUAAAUAACGCAAGAGAACUUAAAUAUUUAUGCUGGCUAUAUACUAGAAGCUAGCUCUAUUUGAAGUGCUGUAAACAAAGACCUCUUCAGCAUAUUUUCCAUGUUUUAUAAAAAGUAAGUUUAUGGUAUCAUUAUGCUUCUGUGAUGGAUUUUCAUGUAACUUUAUAUGGAUAUCAUGUAACUAGUCACUACAAUUUGUACUUUCUAAUUUCCUGUUGGUACCAGCAAUCAUACAGACUUGUCAGAUGAGCAUACUUGUAAAUGUUAUAUGAUAAUAGAUCUUCAAAAAAUGUGCAACUUUUGUUGAGGUAAUUUUGUUUUGUAAAAAGUAAAACAGUAACAUGUUGGCUAUGUGAAAUUCACAUGUAUAUAUAGAUUUGUUGGCAGUGACUCAAUGAAAUUUUUAUAGAGAUAAUAAACAUAUAUAAAAAUUAUGAAAUACUGUCUGUGAUGGCAGUGACAGAGUUUGAGAUUAUGCCUGACAGAUUUAAUAUAUUCAAAAUCUAAAUUGGUGAGAUUAUGCACUGAAAUGGUAGACUGCAUAGAAUCAUAUUAAUUUAUAGCUUUUUCUGGCCUUGUCAUGUACCCACAGACUGAAAUGUCUGAAGGAAAGGAAGCGCAAGCUCUUCUCAGACUUCCUUAACUAACAUUAUUUUUAACAGGAUGUCAACAUUCAUCCUGUCCUUGUUACCUGUAAGCAGUAUAACUUCAGUUAUAGCAUGUGAGGUUUGAAAAAUAUGAGAUGGAAUUCCAGCACAACAUACAAGAACAUAAUGUCUAAGUCAAGCUGCCAGAACAAAUAAUAAUGUUUGUUGCAGACUGGGAAAUCCAAAGCGAUUUGUCAGGUACAUUCUAGUAACACCACCAUAAUUCUAGAAAUGAAAUAAAUGUCUAGCACAGGCUGCCAAAACCAACAAAAUGUGCUAGAAGUGAAUAUGUUAUCAAAGCUGUCAGAGCCAACAGUGGAUAUCUGGUGCAGCCUGGGAUAUCAGAAGUGAGAAUUCCUGGUACAGUCUACUUAUACUAACACAUCUCUGGAAA